CUCUCUCAGUUGUAUCGCGGGGAGACGCGUGCGUGUCACUCUUUCACCGUCGCGCGCCCGCGCGCGUGCGUGCGUGCGUGCGUGUGUGAGGUGAGGCGCGCGCGAUGUGCUGUCAUCCGCGUCGCCUUCGAUGCGAAAGCAUGCGAGGAUACGCGAAGUCGCGCGUGAGUACGAAGACGCGGAAGGGAGGAUCAGUUUGCUGCGUUCGAAGAGUUAAUAAAUAUCCGUUAGAAAUAUUAAUCGCUGCGAAUUUCGUCGCCGCUCGCAAAAUAUUUCGCGCAAUGGAACGCGCGCUCUCUCUCUCUCUCUCUCUCUCUCUCUCGUAGUCAUAUGCGCGGUGAGUCGCGUCCGGUCGACGGCGAAUCCUCGUCGAUUCUCGCAGCCGCGGCACGCUAAAGCGAACGUCACGCAUUUCGUGCGAUAAGCGACUCGGCGACAUAAAGCUGACUCGGCGCGUCCUUACGGAGAGAUUACUGCCGCUCGCCGUGACUCGGCUCGUUUCGACGAAAGCGCGCGAAACGAGAAUUCUCGCGCGAGCGCCAGCCGCUUUCGACGUCGUGUGCCUCCUCCUCCUGCUCCUCCUCGUCCUCGUUGUCGUCGUCGUCGUCGUUUGUUCGCGCGUCGUUGAUCAGUCGUCGAGUAGAUUUCACGUGACAGGAAACGUCAUGGGUGUUAUCUUGACGAGUCAUCGGCGGCCUGAAGAUUUUGUUACACGUUUCUCCACGCGAUCGGCGAGUUGGACGAGUUUGUCAACGCGUCACCAGUCCGUCGAUACGAUCCGGUUCGCAUGCAGCGCUCGAGACUAAGGGCGAGACUCGUACGCGUCUUGUAAAAAGUCUUGUCGUGACAUUAGAGCUGACGCGCAAACAACGUCUCUACGUCGGCGUCUGAAUCAUCGAUGAUCUUCGACAAGGUCGUCUCUGACGCGCUCUUUCGUUCUGAAAAGUCCAUUUAAACCCAACGCACAUGUCACUCCCAUUGAACGCGAUACAUCUCGGCGACAUUUCGGAAACGAAUAGUGUGCGACUUGAGAUGAAGCAAUUGUUUAAACAAAAAUGCCUGACACGAAGGCGUCACGUCAUCGAAGUUGUCAAUAACGAGACUUAAAAAGCCCACCGCUUAGCUCGUUCGUUGAACGUGAAAUCGCGGGAUCUAAUGUGUCGUUCACAGUUUUCGGAGUACAAACGAACGAACGAACGCACUCACGCACGCACGCACUUGUUUUACGUAACGAAAACGCGUCGGCAGAACGUUCGCUCGCUCGCUCACUCGCUCGCUCGUUGGUUCGUUGUCUCGCUCGCGCGCGCGUGCGCUGCGUGUAAUCUAUCCGUCGUCGGGCCUCGCGUCGCUCGGCGGGGUGUACGGUGUAGGGGGAGGGGAGAGCUCUUCGAUCAUCGGCAUUACUGGCCUCCCUCGUGCGUCCUCGUGUCUCGUCGGAUCGGCGCGGCGGCCGAUCGGCUGGUUCCGUGCGCCGCCGCCGCCGCCGCCGCCAGUCUUGCUCCAGCUCGCGCGCGCUACGGAUCCUCGCGCUCCGAUCCGCCACCGCGGCAGGAAUCGGCAAUAAUACAGUGGCGCGGAACAUAGGGGAGAUACACCUACUUAUACCUGUCUGUCUUAUACCGCCCGCCUGUCUGCCCACCUAUCCACCUACGACGUGUUUUUUCUGUGCUUUCCAGCGAGAGGAGUACCGAUCGACUUGCAGCCGGCUGUUGUUCUCGUCGUUGCCCCGUCGCAUCGGUACGUCGCACUUCGUACCUCUCGUCGUCUACGUCGGCAGUGCGCGCCUUGGAUACGCGUCACGCAUGCACGCAUGGACAAGCAACGACGACGCGGCGGCACUGCCCAAUGAUGGCCGUGCCGGGUUUCACCGUUGACGUAGUGAUGUAUUAUUAGUGGUGCGCGUCGCGGGAAAGUGUGUGCCGCUCUGUGCUCGCUUCUGUCCGGUAAUCCCGCCUCUAUCCGUGUGUCCUCCGCGAACCGUGCGCGGCCGAUAAUAACGCGGAGAGUGUAGCCGGGAAUCAGUGAUCGCGGCGAAGGGAAGGCACGAUACGUAUUUCGGCCCAUCCGUGUGUUGCGUGAGUGAGAGUUUCAUAUCAGUGCAACGACGGUUUUCGCUCGCUCUGUGGAUUAUCAUAUUGGAUAUUACUGGUACGCGCUCCGAGACGCAGCCACGUCCGACGACCGUCGCCAGCCGCACACCGGUUAAGCACUCGGAUUCUGCCUGGCAAAGUCAGCCCCGCUGGUGUUCCGUGAGAGAAAGGAAGUGCGGAGAAGCGACGGAGAGGCCUUCCCUCCGGCAAUUACCGGCUUCGAUCUUUCACGUCGCUCGUCGAGAACGGAGCUCAGUCGAGUUCGGAGAUAAGGUUCAACGAAUGGGAAUUUAUACGUCCUCGAUCCAUCCCUGAAGCGGGUCUCCCACACGUUAUGGUGCAGUCUGCAUAACGACCGUUCGACGUAUGGCACUGCAAUGAACAAGAUGCAGAGACAAAGCCGGCGCAGUUCGGAGGUGGAGGUUGCGCUUAUGCGCCCCGUAAGCACGGCUGGCUAAUAGCCACGGAGCCCGUCCCCGACACAUCCCGCAGCCACACCAGGUAACUUGAUGGAAAAUUAUGAGAUGGCCACGGUAACGCUGGGCUUCUGACUUACUCUAGAAUAGCAGUCGGCGUGACAUGGAUGUGAGCUUCACGAACGUGUUAGAGGGGGCUCGCCAGUACUUCCAGGGAUUGCCCGUACCGAGUACAGGUGGUGCAGCCGCGUCGGUGGACCACAGUCUCGCGACUUCCUCCACGAAUUCGGCCUCGUCCACGUCGGCGACGACGCACGAUCAUGGCGUUUCGUCGCAACCGGUGGCGGCACAAGCGACUCAGUCGAUUUCGACUUCCGCCAACGGUAACGGCGGUAGCAGCAACAACAAUAGCAAUAAUAUCCAAGAGGCGAGUCGUUACUCCACCGACGUUAGACCGUCGUCGGUGGAGAACGCCGCUACGAGUUCAGGUAGUUUCUGGAAUCCGCACGUGGAACCUUACCCGCCGCAGCCGACCAAGGUCGAGGUACCGGAUACGAGGCCAGGUGACGAAGGCACCGCCAUGGAGCCCAGUUCAUCUUCCACCGUCAUUUUAACCGAGAUGCAACCUUCUAAUCAUCAGUCCUCUUUAUCCUCUUCCUCCUCCUCCUCCUCCUCUUCCUCCUCUACCACCGUUGUCGCCGCCGCCGCCGCCGCCGCCGCCGCAGCAUCGUCGACGAACUACUCACAGAGACCGCCGACGUCGUCCACUUCCUCCUCCGGCGAUCACCAUCAUCACCAUCAAUCGCAUCCCCCGACGUCGAACUCGACGUCGCAGCUGCAACACAUGCAGCCACCCCAACAGCCACAUUCCCCCGGUCCUGUUUACCAGCAGCUCAACAGCGUCAGCAGGACGUCCUUCACCGCGGCGGAGAUGCUCGCGUCGUCGCACACUUCGACCUACCAGACCGCCAACGACCGGCAGUCGCAGCCGAUCGUUGCGCAAAGGACUCAGUACUAUCCACGUUACCAUCACCCGGACAUCACCAAGAGCGCACCGGUACCGUUCUCGCAAAGUUCCAUCUACCAGUCCGCCAACGUGGCACCAGCAUCCACGAACGCGGUUCAGCAACCGAGCACGAGACCGACACCGGUGGAACAGAACAACGUGUCCGGUGUCGCGCAGUCGCAUUGUACGUCAGAACAGCCACGAUUGGCCGGUACUUAUGGCAAUGUGCCGCCGUCUCAGAGUCCUCUCGGUGGCUCCACAGUGUACGGGUCCGAUUCCUCCUCCUCUCAGAGUUACCGCAUGGGUCAGUCGAUUCGCUUAGCGGCUUCCGCAAGCAUCACCGACAGAUCGCAUCACUCGGACGGGCACUCUUCCAUCACCGCUGCUGCCGCCUCCUCCUCUUCUUCCUCCUCCUCUUCCUCUUCCUCUUCGUACACCUCGUCGCCGGUAUGUUCCUCAACCAAUCCGUCGGCCAGCUCGCGUCAGCUCGGUGGCAGCUCCUCCGGUCACAUUCCUUCGUCGCAGUCGCAGAAUCUUCCGGGGCACAUUCCUUCGCCGCAUCUGCCGUCCGCUUCGGCGCAUCAUCAUACUCAGCAACAGCAGCAUCAGCAUCAACCGUCGCAUCUGCAGCAGCAACAACAGCAGCAGCAGCAGCAGCAUCAGCAUCAGCAUCAUCCUAGUCGUAUAAAUCCGUCGCCGCACUCGCUGAACCCCUCAUAUGGAGGUCGCUCGUUGCCACCCCCGCACGGCGCUUCACCGUCGUCUUCAAUCACAACGGCGAAUCACUCACAGCAGAUGCCGCCGCCGCCGACGACGAAUCUAAGCGGGUAUCAUGCAGGCGUGACGACGCCGUCGCCGCACGAAUCGACGCACCACGCCACCCCGUCGCCACAUCACGCCACGCCGUCGCCGCAUCACGCGACUCCGUCGCCGCAUCGGCAGUCACCCCACGUGUCGAACCUGCACAAUACUCACGCGUCUCCGCAUCACACACCGUCGCCGCACAGCGGCUUCCAGCCGCACUCGCCGACUUAUCCGCCGCCACCACAGCCUCCGUCAGCGUCCAACCGGUCAACGUCGCACCCGUACAAUCUGCCGGUCACCUCGCAGCACUAUCAAACGCCAGCGGCUUACGCGAACAACCCUUAUGCGCCGCCGCCGUCUUCGUCUUCGUACCAUUCCUUCCAGAAGACCCCGUCGCAGUCUCAGGGGAGCUACUACUCGCAGCCCAGUCGAUCUCAUAGUCAGUCGUACAAUAUGCAACAAAUGUUAGCGCCACCGCCGCAGACGGUGUUCUCCGGCACACCCGGCAACAACAGUUUGGGCUACCAGCCGAGCAAGCAUGUAACAAUGUACAACGGCGCGGACGCGAAGAGAAACGCGAUGGUGGACGUCGCGGCGGCUCCCUACGGAGCGAGCCAUCGGUCGCCUGUGUCCGUGCAGAGGAGCAGCAACACGCACAACCUGCCGCCCAUAGCCGCUCUUUCGUCCUACCAUUCCAAUAGGAGCCGCGAGCCGGUGGGUGCGAAAUCAGCGCAGUCGGUGCAACGACAACGGACGCAUUCGACGAGUGCGACCAAUGCGAAGAUACCCGGUGCGAUGCCACCGACCUCGUCGAUCGCGAUGCAUCCGCAGAGGAUCGUCGAGUACCCGGUCACACCGGCGGUGAUGAAUCACGCGAUACCGGUGAAUGGCAGGACCACCACCGUGACGAAUCUGUCGUACACCACCCGGUACAGCGGUCAACAGAACUAUCCGUCGUACGCCACGACGAUGGCGCCCAGUCAUCAGGGCAGCAACUCGACGAGUAGCACCACGGUCACCUCCAUCGGCGGCGGUACCGUGAGAUCUUCCGUUCCAACAGCUGCAAUUCACGCGUAUCAGUCUUCCGACGAGACGGAUCGGGCGGCGGGAUCGUCGUAUCAUCAUCAUCAGGCGUCGAUGCGAACGACCGAGAGUUACGCCUACAAGGAGUAUCCUUAUCAGAGCACAGCGUCGUCCAGCGGGCAGUCCGGUUCAACUGGCGCCAUAGCCAGCUCUCCGUCGCCCAGCAACGCGGUUCGGAAGCGAGAGUCCCCCUUGGACCUGUCCGUGAAGACGGUCAAGACAUCUGCCGAUUCCACAGCACAGGAUGAUCUCGAAGCCACCAGCACGGACAAACAUGUUAGUAGCUCGAACCUGAGCACCUCCAGGAGCAAUGUGAGCAGGUCGAUGCCGCCCCCACCGGUGCAAGCGGUGCCGUCGCAGCCGUUGUACCCGUCGUCGUAUGAUCCGCGACCGUCGAGCAACAGCAGCAGCGGUAACAUCAGGAAUUCGAUGUCGUGCGUGCGCACGUCCACACCUCAGGCGGUGUGCGCGCCGAAGGUCGAUUUCUUGCCGAACUUUAACUCGUCGCCGUUGCGCCACCAGGUCGCUCAAUCCCACGAGAACGCCCUUCGAAGGAGCACCGCGCAACAGCAACUAUACGUUCCACCCUCCCAGCCUCUCCCGUCGCAUCACGCAAACAACACCGCCCCACUGCCUCACAUGUCCACCUUUAAGAAGCGUCCACUGCCCACGACGCAGCUGUACGAUAGCUUGUCGAUACCGCCACCGCCACCGUCGUCAUCGUCAUCGUCGUCUUCGUCGUAUCUCCAACCAAACGACUCUAUGCCUUCGAGAUUGCCCAAGUAUCCGCCGAUGGUAGAUCCGUCGCGCGUCGGUUCGGCUGCUUUGCCCACGCAGGACUACUCGCACGAUCCGACCAAAUAUUACCUGGACAACAAGAGCAAGUUUAGCCAGCAGUACUUUUCGCGUGAGCGAGUCCCUUUCAAGAGACUCGGUGAGACAUUGCACAGUGGACCAAGCAAGCAGCCCAGACUCGCUUGGUCGGUAGCCGCGGACAAGUCGACCGAGCAGAAGCUAUCGACUGUGAACGCGUUGAACGAACAGAAACGGCAGGAGAUGAACCUGCCGGUUCAUCUGCCGAACGGGGCGCUGAUGACACCCACCGCCUACGAACAGAGACCUGACAGCGGCUACUCCACGCCGGAAUCGUCGAGGUAUCAGCAAGCAUACUGUGAUAAGAGGAACUAUUCGGACUCUAAGGUCAUACGAAGCUCACCUACGUACAGUCACCCGGUGAUCUCGAAACCCUCCAACGUCCACUCCAUGCCGCAACAUCUGAGCACUGCUCAGCCGACGUAUUCGAGCUACCGUCAGGCUCAGAAGACGACGUGUCCACCGAUAGGAACGUCUGGUGGCCAACCGAUGGAUCAACCUAGCAACACCGGCGCCGACAAGAGGGUGUUGAACUUGCUCAGGAACAGUCUGGAGAACAAGCAGCAGAGGGAGGAGCAGUUGAACAGCCAACAGCCUAUCCUGGUCAACCAUAGUCAACAGAGCUUUCAGAAUAAAGUCGUCGCGCCAGUCGAGCCCAAAACCAACAUCGGCAGGCACAACCUGUCGCCGUUCACGGCUGCGAAUCUGCUGGAGCGGAACAGCAACACGCCGCCGCAUUACAAGUUCCACAUGCCGCGGGCGGUAGACUCGAUCACUCAGGAGGCGGCGCCCCGCAGCCUGUACAGUUCGAGACUGAACACGUCCGCCACAUUACCCGGCAAAGAGGCCCUCCUGGGACCUCGCGGUGCCGAGAAUCAGAUCCAUCGUGACAAGGACGACGGCCUCGCUGCCAUCUUAGCCGCGAAGAUCAGGACGAAGGCGGAAUUGAAACAAGUCGGGACCGGCCACUUUACAACGAAAACACCGCUCUUACCGCUUCAGGACGCGUCGCCGACGCCGAAAGCGACUGAUAGCGCGGCCUCGACAUCGACGCCACAAUCCGGCUCGUCCGCGGGCAGCCCGCCGAAAUUAACGCGCGAGAAGACAACUUGCCUACCACCCAGAAGACGUCUGUUCUCGAGAACCGAAGAUGACAACAUGCCCGUUGCGGCAACAGUGCCCGCGGCUGCGGCGACGACGACAGCGAACGCGGGCACGGUUGCAUCCGUAGUGCCAGCUAGGGCGAGCGGGUGCAGAAGCUCGUCCGAGACGUCGGUCUUUGAUUUCCGCGAGAGCGACUCGGAGGGUGAGAUGCCGGUCCUCGAGCGGCAGACCUUGGAGGAGAUGAGAAGGGACAGGAAACAGUUGUCGAAGGUGCAGCCUCCGAUUCCCCUCAACGAUGCUGUGUGUAUGAGUACCUCGACGGAUCUCGUCAAAAUCGAGCUGAAGGAGAACGACAAGAUCAACGAGGUCGAUCCGUUCUGGACUACCACCUGUGAUAAUUUUAUGGAGCAAUUGCGUAGGAGAGAAACGAAGAAACGAACACGUACGCAAAUACUCAGCGGUAACGCAUCGUCAAAGUUCGAACACACGGCGAUAGAUAGUGACAGAGAUUCCGAUACCAACGCGUCGUCGCAACCUCAGAUCAAGCCUGAAAACACCAAGAAAGAGUCGCUUGGAGAUCUAAACGUCAAGAGCAAAGAUGAGUCGUCAGAAGCGAAGAUCAAGGAAGACGGAGACACGGUUUACAAGGUCAAGGUAGAGCCCGAGCUGGGUAAGGACGACGACAAACACUCGAGUGACGAUUCGGACGAAGUGCCGUUAAUUAAGAGAGCGACGAGACACAAGACGAUGAAGAAAGAAGACAGCGACGGCGAGGAAGAAGUAAUAUGCAGGAAGAGGCGGGUUCGUCGUGGCAGUAGAAUCAAACUCGUUUCAUCCAGCGGCAGCGAUUCCUCAAGCGAAGACAGCGACGGCAGUACCGAAUUCGGUCGUGGUUCUUCGGUAGCUGAUAGACUACGUGCUAGAAAACGGUCGAUGAAUAACGCCAAUUCCGAAAACGAAGGUAUGAAGCUUCGCUCGAGGGAUACGACUCCUCACAAGAUGAACAAUUCGGAAAAAGAGGCGAAACUGUCGCCACCCAAAGGUGGGCCCUCUCAGAAGAGAAAACCGAAGCCAUUGUUCGGUGAUGGCAGCGAUUUUCGACCCGGAUGGGAAGAGGAGGUCUACGUAUACAAGAAAUCUUUGAGAAUGCCCACCAGGUUAAUAACGGUGUCGAAACCGUCGCGCUUUCAUAGAUUGUCCACGUCGUUGCCGGACUUGGAUCCCGGCUCGCCAGCCUUGUCCGUUUCGAUGGAUAGCUCCGACGUUUGUCUAAGUCGUAAAAAGCUGAUAGACAGCGACAUGGAGUCCAAUUACAGCUUUAGUAUCGCCGGCAUCGGCGGUAAGAUCGACGACGAAGAAGCGACUUCAUCCACAACUGUGUCUUGUCCACCGAAAGCUAUGAAGCAUUCCCGAUCGGAGAACAGUUCUAUCGUCGACGUUCUCGCGCAGAAGGUCGGCAGCGAUAAGAUCGAUUCGAAAAGAAAAUUGAGUCCGAAAGGUAGCAAGAUCCUCAAUAAGAGUAGCAACGAACCGGAGCUCUUGCCGACACCCAGUCUUACGCCACUCUUGCCGUCUGAGACGUUCAAGAGCUCGAGGAGUAAGAGUCCAUUAAAGAAUAACAAGUCCACGCUCAGAGUGACUGACUCCAAUCUGCUUGGUUACUUCCGCAAAGAGACAGUCAAUAAUUUCCGCAACGCGUUCAAGAAUAAUCAUACGUUGCCCAAUGAGUUUUCCACUCUGGUGCUGAAGAGCAGAACGAGAACGGAGACGAAGGUCUUGAAGAAGGAGGCGACCAUCCGCGAAGUAUUCGGCGAGGAUAGACCGGCGUCGGCGCCACCGAUGCAUAACCGCGACGACACAUCUCAAGACGACGACUCGCAGAACGAGACGAUGGAGAACACGCUGGGGAAGGCACGCACGUUGAAACAGAGACUAGUGUCCCGCUUAAAGAAUACCAGUAUACAGCGAAGUCGCAAGGCGAUCGUCAAUAAAGUGAUGGCCGAGAGGCGAAAGGACUUGCUCAAGUCGAUCGCGGACAAGACCCUGCGUCGCAUCAAGACUGAGUUGGAAGAGGAAACGGUACAAGAGGAGGCGAAUGACGCCAGGGAGGAGGAAAAUAACGAGUUGGAGGACGACAAGAACGACCCCGAGGCUCCCGGUAAAAAGAGAUUGAAGCUUCGUACUAGCCGACGUAAAUUCCGCUCCGGAUUCGACUACAUUCGUAAGAAAAAGAAGCCGAUGAAAAGGGACGAGACGUUGUCGAAGGAAAAGAAAAGACAAGUGCUACCGAGGCCCAACCCGGAAUGUGUAGGCGACAUUCAGUCUGAAAUCAGGACAUGGGUUAUCAAGAAGGGAGUCGGCGAAACGAUACUACACCGCGCCGCCAGACUCGGUUACACGGACGUGGCCGCUUAUUGCCUGGAGAAACUCAAUAAUAUUGCAAGUCCCAAAGACAACGCGGGUUAUACUCCACUUCACGAGGCCUGCUCCAAAGGUCACCUGGAGAUCGCGAAACUUUUACUGGCUUACGGUGCAAACGUUAGUGAAAGUGCUAAUGGCGGUAUCAGGCCAUUACACGAAGCAGCAGAGAACGGUGCCACUGAGCUCGUACGUUUGCUAUUGUCUUACGGUGCUGACCCAUUGUUAGCGACUUACUCUGGACAAACGCCGAUGAUGUUAGCUGUUGACACCGAGGCUCAUUCUAUUCUUGAACAGCACUUGGAUGAUGUUCAAGGGCGUGCUACUGUGCCGUGGUCAUUCUCCGGUACAAAUGUUAGUGCCGAUUCAGAAGAGACGGGUUGUAAUCCGCUUGACGAAGUUCCAUUGGGCAAUCCUGAAUCGAGUUUGGACGACGUCGAGAUGGAAGUGAGCGAUAUGAAUCUACCCGCCCUCUUUACCCUGAAAAACGACUCUGACAAAUGGGUGCUACUUCAUGAUCUCAUGGCGGUCUUGAAAGUGAAGAGCCGCGACGCUCUCUUGCGUCAGAUUAAUCCAAAGGCCCACUCUGGGCCGCCUGCGAUCGCCCAUCGCGAGGUAAUGCGUGAGCUGAAACUGCCGGAUUUUCUAGAGCAGACGCGCUGUUGCCACUUGUUAAGCGGCGGCGAGAAGAUUAACGUGCGUGGCUCCAAGGUUACACUGAUCAAGUACAACGACAAGGUCAAGUCUCUGCUAAACGUGGAGAAACUGCUGAUUAGUCUCAGGUGACAGGAGGCGUCUCUGGGGCGAUCGUCUCCCCAGGCAAGACCAUCGACCUCGAUUCUUCCGGUCAAGGAGCACCAUAAGAAGACCGAUGGGAGGAGCACCACCGCUGUCGUGAAGCGCGAACGACAGCCAGUUUUCCGUCAGCGGAAACGAUAGGAAACACGCGACAAGAAUUCCGCAAAUUGAGCGACGAGUAUCAAUCGAUUAUCAUAUAUGCUGACGAUUGUGAGAAUCGCUAUUCGCGAUCUGGGAGUCUUCACUGAUCGUGGAUGCCGAUACUGCAAGAAUUGAAACUGGCUUACGUGAGAACCAACGCCGUGUGAUCGACCUACCACUCGCUUACACGGAGACAGAUGUUGGUGAUCGAGAUGAAGGAGAACAAGUUCCUGUUACGCUGAGAAAAUCCGGAUGGCCGACUCGCAACAACAAGCAAUCGUCCCCGAAGAGAGAGAAGCUAAACGUCGUUGGCGCAACAUUGAAGAUCAGUACUUCUUUGCGUGUCUAGACAUUUUCCGACGUUUCUUGGCUCGUUUCUAAAGGUAAAUCGCCUUGAUAUCGAUGAUUGAUUCUCUCCUCGCGAUCUGUCUUAUAGUGCACAAAUAUGAAGUUUGAUCGGUGAUAAGAGGACGUGUACAAUCGGUUCCGUUCCUUCGCUUGAGCAUCGAAUGACGAGUCCGUCGAUCUCUGUCACGCGCUAGCUGUCUUGACGUGUGUGACGGCAGUCGCAACUUCGAAGCUCGUACCGGUGCAAAUAUAGUUUUAACGAAACGAUUGUUUACCUGAUGCGCAGCUAAGAGUGAGGACAAUGGAAAUAGCUACCUGUGACAUUAUAUAGCAGUAUUUAAUUGGGAUAUACGCGCGUGUAUCCGUAGGACAAUGAUAUUUUAUUAAUUCUCUUAAGGACUGAUUAAAUAAUACGAGAAGUUCGUUAAUAUGUAACGCUUUUAGGCGAAGAGAGAGAGAGAGAGAGAGAGAGAGAGAGAGAGAGAGUGUGUGUGCGUGUGUGUGUGUGCGUGUGUGUGUGUGUGUGUGAGAAAAGGAGAAAAAGAGAGAAGUAUCGUUUUAGGCGCAAUGAUAGAGAAAGCGAGAGAUCUCUCGACCAGAGAGACGCCAGAAAAAGAGUGAGAGAGAAAGAGAGUUUUUCUGGAGCGUCAAGCCGAGUCUCGGAAUGGUAAUAACGUUAGCAGUAAUAAAUUAUCCCGGGGAGAAAAGCGUGGCUGUCGUAUCGGAUAUAUUUUUAUCUCGCACGUGGCUUCGCGAGGUUUCUCCUAUUUUUUUUAAUCUUUUUCUUUAGGGAGAAUUCGGUCCGAAACGACUCAUAGAACUGGAAUGCGCCCUGCGUUUCAAGACGCUGUGUAUGUGUAUGAAAUCUGUGUAUGUGUGUAUAUGCGCGCAUAUUAUAGCGUUAGUUUUCCUCCUCGAACUCUUAUUACGGAACGCGUCGUUACAUUUAAAAUACAAGGAUGAACGUUUAGGGCGUGACAUCGAAAUUGCUGAUCAUGUUACCACGUUUUAGUUUUAUAUUUCUGUUUUCCUCUUUGCCGUUUUUGUUCGAAGGAAUAGUAUUGUCGCGCGAAUUAUAUUUAUGAAGCUCAUUAAUUGUUUCAUUGAUCAUUGGAUAUAUAGGUGUUUGCGAAAGUGAUUUGGAUUUCAAUCCGUUGAGUCCGGAAUUACUAUCUCGUCUGUUUAGUUUAAAUAUUAGGAGACAUGUCAGCAUGAUCGUUGUUAAUGAGUUAAAGGUGCAAAUUUGCCGUGUUUAAUCUAUCUCGACGAAGAAGAUGCGCACGAGUAUGUCAGCUCUUAGUUCGUACGAGAAGCUACUUGUAUUCGUAGUUUCCAGAGUAACGGUCAAUUUUAAUUCGAAUAAAAGAUAGACUCGACGAACGUCGAUAGCUCAAUUCUAAUGAAGUGGCAAGUGCAAUUUGUGAAAUGAGUUUUCUUGUUUCUUGUUUUUUUUUUAUUAUCUAGAUGAAUCAAUCAAUGUUCUUAGCAAUUGUAAAAAGAAAGAAGAGAGAGAGAAAGAGAGAUGAUAUACGCGAAAUUAUAUUACAAUGAUAAUUUGGUAACACCGUUGGACAACGCUCACUCUCUCUGUGCAAUAAAAUGUGUAACUAUUUUAUAUUUUAUCUUCGAGUUAUUUCUGUUUUGUGAUGAGACGGAGCAAUGUGUUUGUUAACGCGUCGUAUCGAUGAUCAGAAACUCACUGACGAAACAAUCUCUGAGAGAAAGGUCAGUUUCUUGUUCUACGUGUGGAGUGAAUAGCACAAGGAUCAACGCGAUCGAAUUUAAUGAGCGUAUGAUAAAAUACAAUGCAAGUUGCGCGAGAAAGUUCAAAUUAAAGAUAUUUAAUAUAACGUAGGCGCGCGUACUUUUAUUUUAUAUUUACAUACAUGAAUCUGCGAGAUCAAUCGUGAAAAAAUGGAAAGGAGAGAGUGAUAGAGCAGUGAAUUUCGAUCACCGAAGCGAUGUUGUGUGUUCGAUCGAAGCAAUCUAGGAUGAUAAAUUUUAGCGGAAAGUGAGGAGCUAUUUUAAACGUUGACAGAGUGAGUUCGUCGAUAGUACUUACUGUCGUCCCGCAACGUCCCUCGUGUACAUCGACCUUUUCAGUGACGGGGAAGGGGAAGGGAUAUUCGGCACGUAUACACGCACGUGUGCAUACAGACGUUACGGGACGGGAUGCGAAGUGAAAAAAGGAAAUGGAGCGUGUGAAAGCUCGAUUCGCAAUGCUUGGAAUGCCGUUGAUAACGCGUUUAAUUUUGGCGCCGUGCACAGAGGUUUCACUCCUUAUAAUCAGUCUCAGGGAAAAGUCCAUGUGUGUAUUCUGAAAAUAAAAAAAAAAAAGAAAAACUGACGGUGUACCCCGUACGACGGACGACGUAUGCAUACGCGAUAUGCGAAGCGACGCAUAUCAGUAUACACGUAUGCAUGUGUGUGUAUAGUAGUUAAUUAAAAAAGAAUCGCUCGCUAUAAUUAGGAUUAAUUAAUAUCUGAUACCGAGUGAUAUUAAUUAAUGUUAAUUGAUAUCGAUUCUCCUCACAUGUCCGAACCUAAGGGAGGCGUUUUUAAUUUUAUUUAGCUGACGAUUCAACUACAUGCGAGACAGAGGCGCGUAGUUACUACUGAUUGUACAUACCGACCUAUUUUCAGUAAAAAAAACCGUGAACGAAAUAGAAAAUAGAAACAGAGCGAAACGCAAGAGGAUUAAUUUUUUCCUUCUUUCCCCUCGGCUUCUCUCCCCCCUUUUUUCCACCCUCUGCGUUCGCUUGCAAUUUUCGUACGAUCUUCUUUUCUCGGAGCCGUCGAAGAGCGCGGAGGAGAGAAAGAUAGGCAGGAAACCGGGGUGUACGUAUUGUAUGUAUCUUUUAUCUUAAGUAGACGCGACAAGUAAGAUGUAAUAAAUAGAACCGCGGUACUUGUUCAUAUUAGCGCGUACUGUCCGUGUAAUGUAAAUCAUUAAUCGACCUCGAAGUAGUCACACUGUAUGAUAAUAUUACUAUCACUAUACCGCGAUUAUCGCUAUUACUAUUACUGCUGCUACCACUGCUACCAACUACUAUUAUUAACUUUAACUAUUACUAUCUACGACUAUCCGCUUUUUUUAUUGUACGAUAUACAUAAUAGGUAGAGAUGGAUGUACAUUUUCUUAGUUAUGUAAUGUUCACACAAUUGCCCCUCCGCUCGCCCCCCGCCCCUCUUGUAAUUUAUAUAUUCAAGGAAUUUCUCUAAAUGUGUUAAUGCUGCUCUGCUUUGCGGAUAAAGAAAUUAUAUAUAAAUAUAAAUAUAUAAAUAUAUAAAAGUAUAUAUAUAUAUAUAUAUAUAUAUAAAAGAUGAACAAAUAUAAAUAUAAGUAAAUAUAUAUAUAUACACACACACAUAUAUAUAUAUAUAUUUUAUUUCAGAGGUUUAGUUCGAAACGACGUUGAUGCUGAUGAACAAAUUAGAGUCUUACUGUGAUUCGUGUAAAGAAGAAUAAUUAAUGAAAGCAAACUAUCGUUAUUAUAUAUUGUCAUCGCCCGUAGUCGUUAUAAGUGAAGUCGCGACGGACCCGACGAAUGAUUUUCGUAAUGAGAAAAGAACAGACUUGUGAUUUUCCUUUCGCUAAUAACAAUUACGAGUUAUUCGUUCGAUGUAAUAAAAACAAAUAUUUUUACCGAAA